GAAGUGAAUUUACCUAGUCCUAAUUACCUUUAACUCCAUUAAAAUGAAGAAAAAAAGGAAUUCUUUUGAGGACUCCAUUUUUUGUUCUGAAAGUCAGAACAGCUUCCAAAAGUCAAGUAAUGACUCUCCAGUCAGCCCUACAGAGAGCUUUGGAUCCGUGUUUAUAAGUUCAGAUGGAGAAAAUGGAACAGAUGAAAAAAGAAAGGCAGGAAAGUCACCUACUGGAUUGCCUCAGACCCCUACCAGUGAAAUGGAGUAUUUUGAUGACCGGAAAAAAGUUGACAUUGCGAGAACAAAGAGCAGCACAGAUAGUCCACUCCUGACAAUGGAUAUCAAGAGUGACUCCAAGAUUGAAAGGAAAAAACGUGCCUCAAAUCAGCUGAAGGCAAAUGCACACUUUCAUAAGCUGUUUCUAGAUGUUCCCAUUGAUGAGCCACUGAAACAAAGUUUUACCUGUGCUCUGCAGAAAGAGAUUCUGUACCAAGGAAAGUUAUUCCUUUCUGAAAAUUGGAUUUGCUUUCAUUCCAAGGUUUUUGGUAAAGACACUAAGAUUAGUAUACCUGUGCUCUCUGUGACACUUUUGAAAAAAACCAAAACUGCCCUUCUUGUGCCAAAUGCUUUGAUCAUAGCAACAGUCACAGACAGGUACAUGUUUGUCUCCUUACUCUCCAGAGAUACCACCUACAAGCUAUUAAAAUCCAUCUGUAGACAUCUUGAGGAUACAGGCAUGGGCAACAGUCCAAAUCCCUCUUCUGCAGAAAACAGUUUCAGGGCUGAUCGUCCUACAAGUCUGCCCUUGGAUUUCAAUGAAGACUAUUCUGAUCUGGAUGGAAUAGUGCAGCAGCGAAGACAGGAAAUGGAAGAGUCCAGCAGCACAGGUUCACAAACCCCAGAGCUGGAAUGCUUCCAAGAUUAUCAUGUUAUGGAGACAGAGACUCACUUGAAAGUUUCCAAGACUGAGGCAAAAUCUGUCCGUUCAGAUGCACACAGUAAGCGUGGACCUGACAGAAAAGCCCAAAAUAGUCCUCGAAAUGGCCAUUCUGAAGCCUUCAGAUUCUUACACAAAAUGAAGUCACAGAAUGUCUUAUCUCUGAACCAUGUGCUUAUAUUUUACGCAAUUCUUGUUUGUGUAUUAAUAUUUUCUACCUUCUACAUGAGAUAUAAAAUCAGUGUCCUGGAGGAGCGUCUAAUUUCCAUCACAUCCUUUGAUUCACAUCAGGAACAUCCAGUGCGCCAAGGUUUGGGAUCUCAUCUGCAAAUUAAUGCUGAUGCCCUUUGUGAUGAGUUAACUGCUAAUAUUAUAAAAUUGGAAAAGAUACAGAACAACUUAAAAAAACUACUUGAAGAUAGCGAAUGAAACGUCAAUGUUCUUGGACUACUUCAGACCUCAUUCUUGAAAAACAGUUCCAAAGGAGCUCUGCUGGUCAGAGUUCAAAGUUCUUUAUUUUCAGUCCAAGCCAAGCUUAAACUACUGUAAAGUACAUGUCAUAAUGCAGAACAUCAGUUUAUUCUUGAGCAUGUAUCUCUAUGUUUUGAAAACAUACAUAUUUUGAUCCACAUGUAUCUAUGUUUUGAAAAUAAGGGGAUUUUGCCUUCACUAUUUUGUGUGAAUUAAUGGAUUUUAUAGCCUGCUUGAUUCUAGAUUUGCUUAUACCAGUGCAAACGUGGUGCAACUCCUUUUACCUCAGCAUCUGCUUUCUGCCUAUUGUCAUUGAAGUCUAAUGGGAAGCCUCAACUGAACUGUUGUUUGAAUGAGCUGGUAUUUGUCUUGGCUAUGGUUAUGGAUUGGUGCAGUGCUCUUCAUUUUCGUUUAUUUGUGCCCUGACAUCCCAAAGGUCAGGAAUCAGACACCUAUGUAAAGUUCUGAAUGUUCUAGGUGUGCUCAAUUCUCAGGUGCUGUAAAAAGGCUCAAUUCCACUUCCUAUAGCACUGCAUCACCACUGAGUGUAAGUUUCUACACUACUGGGCAUUCAAUAUCCAUUCAAGUCAAGCUUGAAAUAUAUAUGGACUCAUCAACUUACAGUCCAGUUGCUUAUGAAUAGCAGUAUGGCUGUGACAACUUAGAACUGAUGGCUUUUUUGUCCACUCAUACAGUCUCUGGCCAUUAAGUUAAUCAAUGUGAAGACCCUUAGUCAGCUUUCCUUGGAGUUGCCUGGGGUUUGGUUAGCUAGGCAAGUGCAAUAUGUGUUCCAGUUGAAGGAAAUCUAAUCUUGGUAUGUGGCUCCAGGGGCCAGAUAUUUCCAUAUAAUUGGAAAUUGCAAAUUAAUGAUGCAGUAAUACAAUCAGUAGAGUGAAUGAAAAAGUGGACACUUGCUUUGUUAGAUCAUACUAUUUUUUUUCACUGUGCCUAAGAUAGGACAACUGGGGAUUUUAGCUUUCUCAUUUCUGUUAAGUUUUUAAAAAGCAACAUUUAGGAUGUAACAACUAGUAUGUGGAACAGUGUUGUUUAUAAUAUGCUAUGCAUUUUAUAACCAUUUCUGUGAAAUGUACCUACUUUGUUUAA